UCUGGCUCAGCAGAGGAGCAUCUUGAAAGUUUUUCAACAUCACGCCAAUGUUGUUACUUUUUCACUGUCCUCCAGAACUCUCAAACUACGUUCUGUUAUUUUAGGGAUAAUUUGUCUCAUUUCUAUGUCUGGACAACCUCAACAACCUCGUUUUGUUUAAGAUAUUCAGGUGUUUGCUGGUUUCAUCUGUCGACAGCAGAAAAUGAACAACACAUUCCCCCUAACCAGAAAGAAGAAGUGAAGGAGUGGGGAGAUCAUUGGAGAGAAGAGAGAGAGAGAGAGACUGAAGAGGGUCUAAACUGAAGGAGUGGGGAGAUCAUUGGAGAGAAGAGAGAGAGAGAGACUGAAGAGGGUCUAAACUGAAGGAGUGGGGAGAUCAUUGGAGAGAAGAGAGAGCGAGAGACUGAAGAGGGUCUAAACUGAAGGAGUGGGGAGAUCAUUGGAGAGAAGAGAGAGAGAGAGAGACUGAAGAGGGUCUGAACUGAAGGAGUGGGGAGAUCAUUGGGGAGAAGAGAGAGAGAGAGAGAGACUGAAGAGGGUCUAAACUGAAGGAGUGGGGAGAUCAUUGGAGAGAAGAGAGAGAGACUGAAGAGGGUUUAAACUGAAGGAGUGGGGAGAUCAUUGGAGAGAAGAGAGAGAGAGAGACUGAAGAGGGUUUAAACUGAAGGAGUGAGGAGAUCAUUGGAGAGAAGAGAGAGAGAGACUGAAGAGGGUUUAAACUGAAGGAGUGGGGAGAUCAUUGGAGAGAAGAGAGAGAGAGACUGAAGACUGUUUAAACUGAAGGAGUGGGGAGAUCAUUGGAGAGAAGAGAGAGAGAGACUGAAGACUGUUUAAACUGAAGGAGUGGGGAGAUCAUUGGAGAGAAGAGAGAGAGAGAGACUGAAGAGGGUUUAAACUGAAGGAGUGGGGAGAUCAUUGGAGAGAAGCGAGAGAAGAGACUGAAGAGGGUUUAAACUGAAGGAGUGACCGGAGAGGAUAUUUAUUGCAGACACCAUGUCUGUCUCCACCACCAAACAGGAGAGAACCCUGUGUGUUCUGCUCCCUAAUAAAGAACAGCUGGACAUCACUGUGGGGGUCAAGUCCACAGGGCAGGAUGUGUUCAAUCAGGUGUCUGAGCUCCUUGGAAUAAAAGAGCUGCACUUCUUUGGCCUGACAGUGGUGAAGGACAAUGAGCACAUCUUUCUGGACAUGGAAGAUAAGCUGACCAAGUAUUUCCCUAAGGAAUGGAAGCAAGAUUCAGGGAAGGGGUUACAGAAGAGAUCCCUCCCCCUGGUACUCUGCCUCAAGGUGCAGUACUAUGUGGAGAACGGCAGGCUCAUCUGUGAGCGGAAGGCGAGGCGUCUGUACUUCUCUGACCUGAGGGAGAGGGUGUUGCGUUCAGAGUGUCGUCAGCAGGAGGAGGUGUACUUCCAGCUGGCUGGGUAUGCUCUUCAAGCUGACCUGGAGGACCAUCCCCUUCCUGGGAAGAACCAGGGAGGCACCCGUUACUUCCAACCCAAAGAGUACUUCCCUCCCUGGAUCGUGGCGAAGCGUGGGGUGGACUACCUGCUCUGUCACGGUCCCAAGGUACACAAGGAGCUAUGGGGCAUGACGCCACGUGAUGCGGUACUCCACUUCAUCAAAGAGGCCUGUCGUCUCGAGGACGUCCCCAUCACCUUCUACAGACUACAGAAGGACAAGAAAGAAGAGAGAGGAACAGCUCUGCUGGGUUUGACCCUCAGAGGAAUGCAGCUUUAUCAGGAGGCGGACAACAUCCGCCAGCUUCUCUAUGAUUUCCCCUGGUCCAACGUGGGACGACUCACCUUCCUGGGAAAGAAAUUUGAGAUCCAGCCAGAUGGUCUGCCGUCGGCCAGGAAGCUGGUCUACUACACUGGCUCUCCGUUUCGCUCGCGCCACCUCCUCCUGCACCUCAGCAACAGCCACCGACUCUACCUCAGUCUUCAGCCUGCCCUCAAACACCUCCGACAGCUGGAGGACAGCGAGGAGAAGAAGCGCUACAGGGAGUCGUACAUCAGUGAUGACCUGGAUCUAGACCAUCCAGGGGGCAGCGAGGGGGGCAGCCCCGGCCUGUCCCGACACUCUACCUCCAGCUCGGGCAUUGAGGCAGACCGCGAUGCGGCACGGCAACACAGCAGCAUCUCCAUGGAGAUGGCGUCCAUGGAGGAGGAGACUGAGCUGAGGAAGAGGAUGGAGAAGUGUUUCAGUUCGGCGGCGAGUCACGGAAGUUCUCACACUUCGGGCGUGGACACGGGCAGCAAAGCACGCACUGAUGAAGAGGAGUGGCAGGAGGAAGUAUUCUGCUCUCCAGAGACCCAGCAGGCCAGUGUGGACAGUCCAGGAGAGGUUUCCGUGGACGACCCAGAGGAAAUGCUGAGAUUGGCUGAGCUGAUGGAGGGCGUGUCGGUUGAUUGUCCCGUGCUCACCUCGGAGACUCACUGUGAAGGAUUCAAGGGGGAUCAGGUAGACCGAGAUGAAGACCUGGUGACACUACGCAGCAAAGAUACCCUGGGACAGAUCCUGAAGUCAAGAUCCCAUUGCGUGGACCGCCACAGCCAGAGCCUGGAUGACGUUCGCCUCUUCCCCCUCCCGCCCCCCUCGGCACGACUCUACCCCCUGACUCCUCCCACAGCUACACCUUUGGCCUGCCCCUCCCGGACUCCCAGAGUGACGCUAAGAGCCCGCCAGGGUGUAACAACGGAGGCUACUACCUCCCCCUCCACUGCCCGGCUAAGGGCACCUUCUAUGGACACAGGUCUAUGAACUGCCUGUCUCUGGAUCUACUGGGAGACGAACAGCUGUUGGAGUUCAUACUGUAGAACAACACAGAGGACCAAUGUCCUUCUUCAAGCCUAUUCUCUACCCACAUCCCCCUCCAAUGAACCUGUAGGAUACAGGGGAGUGGCUGCAUGCAGCUAGAGUUCUAACUGUAGAACGUCAUGUUUUUACACUCCCAGGCCGAACUGUACUGGCCUGGUCACAUCAAGGACCCUCUUCAUGCCUGUGCUCUACUGUAUGACUCAGAUACAGGGGAGUGGCUGCAUGCAGCUAGAGUUCUAACUGUAGAACGUCAUGUUUUUACACUCCCAGGCCGAACUGUACUGGCCUGGUCACAUCAAGGACCCUCUUCAUGCCUGUGCUCUACUGUAUGACUCAGAUACAGGGGAGUGGCUGCACAGAGAUGUUGGAGGACUUUAUGGACCUUUAAGAGGAUUGAUUGGUAUUGGUAGCAUUCACUGUGAAAUGGAAGGAGGCCAUCACCUUCAGUAACCAUCCCAAUACAGAUCAGACUCUACAUAUUUAUUGAACAUGUUUGACCUUUUGUAGAUACUUUGUACAUAAUUGUCUUAUAUUUUCAACUAUUUUACUAUAUUUUUUUACUUUGAGGUACUAACACAUUGUAACCAUAUCAAUAACUGUAAAUAGGGGUGAACAUUGCAUUUCUUCAGUUUGUGUGAAUCGUGGCAUAGUUUGAACCAGGAGUAUCUCUAGAAGUACUUUAUGGUCUAUUGUGAAGAGCAAAGGACUUUACUCCACGAUGACAUCCUGUGUAAAUUUAAAUGUAUUUAUCAUUCCAUUGUUAAAAAUAACCAACAGCAUUUUUAAUCUUAUGUUUUGCUUUUGUUUCCCUUGUAUGUCAGUUUAAAAUAUUUAUUUUAUUUUUGCAUUUUCCAAUUAAGAACAUUCAAAACAAAAGUGAAAAGAUAUUAGACAACGAUAGUUUGUCUAUAAAAAAAAUGCUCUGAAAUGAACAUCGCAUAAACAAGAUUGUAUUUUGUCGUGAUAAUAUUUGAUGAUAUUACAAGUCUGCCAUAGCUGCAACAAUGUAUUGUCCUUUAAAAAAAAAUACAAAACUCAAAAUGAAAUUGUAAAAAACAGUUCAACAUGCUUGUACUGCUUGUCAAUAACAUUCACUCCUGUGUCAAACUACAUUUAUUAGAUUUCUAAAUGUUUUCUUUCUAUAAUUUUUACUUUCUAAGUAGAGCAGCACAUUAUGAACUAUGAAAUAUUUCUGUCUUCAUGCAUACACUGGAAUGAUUAUAUAAAUAAAGCAAUGACAAAGAAUCUCUCUGUACGUUGCUCAAAGCACA